AUGCAUCGCAUCCGCCCCCGAGCGCUCCCGCAAACAUUCUUCCAACCCAAACAAACCUUCAACCAUGUGCCCUUCCGCACCUACCAGAAACUCCCCUUCGGCCGCAGCCGCCCGCAGUACCAGCGCUUCUCCGCCCGCGGCGGCAUCGCCUCCUUCUUCACCAACUGGGCCGCGCGGCCCACCUUCUACCGCGACGUGGGCCUAAUCACCGCCGGCGGUGGCACAGUAUACGUGCUCAACCUCGAAACGGUCCCUGUGUCCGGGCGGCGGCGCUUCAACUUCAUCCCUACGAAGAUGGAAGCCGCGCUGGGCGAGUCGACGGUCGCGGAGAUCAAGCAGCAGUAUGCAGGCAGAUUCUUGGACGACGCGGAUCCGCGGAGUCGCUUGGUGAAGAGGGUUCUGGAGCGCUUGCUACCGUUUGCGUUCAAGGAGGGCGACGGGCUGGCCGAGAUGGAGUGGGAGGUUCAUGUCAUUGAUUCCCCGGAGAUGAAUGCGUUUGUGGUGCCGGGUGGGAAGGUGUUUGUGUUCACGGGGAUUUUGCCGCACUGUCGCGAUGAGGAUGGGGUUGCGGCGGUGCUGGGGCAUGAGAUUGCGCAUGUGCUUGCGCAUCAUACCGCCGAACGCAUGUCCCAAGCUCCCCUCAUCCUAAUCCCCAUCCUCGCCUCCCUCGCCUUCGACGUUUCCUUCUACAGCGCAAACAUGAUCCUGCAGCUCUUCCUCUCCAUGCCCGCGUCGCGCAAACACGAAGCCGAAGCCGACUACAUCGGCCUACUGAUGGCGGCCCAGGCCUGCUACCGCCCCGAAGCCGCAAUGGAGUUCUGGGCUCGCAUGGAGAAAUCCGGUCAGCACGGUCCGCCGCAGAUCCUGAGCACGCACCCUAGCAACCACAAUCGCGAGGAGAAGAUCAGGGAGUGGCUACCCAAGGCGCACGAGCAGGCUGAUAUGAGCGAGUGCGCAGGGACGGGGCAGAGUUUUGAGAGCUUCAAGGGCGCGUUUGGGGGCUUUGGCGGGGGCGAGAGGCGCUUUGGGGGGUGGUGA